ACAAUGGCUCGUAUGAACAGACCGGCCCCUGUGGAGAUCACCUACAAAAACAUGAGGUUCCUCAUUACCCACAAUCCCACCAACGCCACCCUGAACAAGUUCAUCGAGGAGCUGAAGAAAUAUGGAGUGACCACCGUCGUGAGAGUUUGUGAGGCCACCUAUGACGCCACUCUGGUUGUGAAAGAAGGGAUCCAAGUUCUGGAUUGGCCCUUCGAUGACGGAGCUCCUCCCUCUAACCAGAUCGUGGACGAUUGGCUGAACCUGCUGAAGCUGAAGUUCAGGGAGGAGCCGGGCUGCUGCGUGGCUGUCCACUGUGUGGCAGGGCUGGGGAGAGCUCCUGUUCUGGUCGCACUCGCCUUGAUUGAAUGUGGGAUGAAAUAUGAAGAUGCUGUCCAGUUCAUUCGACAGAAGCGCCGCGGAGCGUUCAACAGCAAGCAGCUGUUCUACCUGGAGAAAUAUCGUCCAAAGAUGCGCCUGCGCUUCAAAGAUUCCAACGGCCAUCGCAACACCUGCUGCAUCCAGUAGAGCCAAACCCUGAGACCCCGCCCCCUCUCCUCCCUCCCCUCCCCCGUUCAAUUUAACCUGGCUAGCUUAUUACCUGGCAGGCUUGUUUUCUUAGUCAUCGUGUUGAAGUAUCUUAUUUUGGUAAAACCAUGCUCGGUUAGUCAAACUGUCCCUUUCCCCUCUCCAGGUUCAAAAUCAAAGUGUCAAAAAAAUAAAAAAAUAAUGAAAAGAAAAUCGAGUUGUGUGAACCGGAAUCACCGUAUUUUCUCUCAAUGUGAACAAAAAAAAAAAGAAACCUGUUAAGAGGGGCAGCGCUGAGUCGUGUAUCAUUGUUAAAAAAAAUAAAAAAUGUUGGAUUAAUUGUUUGUCUGCGGAAACAAAAACCCGCAGCCCAAAGAUUCCUGAUUGGCCAGAACGUUUACAUCUCCUGAGAAUGUGCUAAAAACAAACAAAAAAAUGUGAGCAAAUUUAUUCCCCGUUUAAAUUUUUACGGUCCCGUUUCCAGAACUGACUAGAAAGAGGUUUGCCUUCCUUCCAAUCAUAUGGUUCAUCCAUAAAUGCCUUACAAUCGAAGUGGAACAAAGGCAAUGGAGGCGGGAGAACAACACCCGCCCCCCCCAGCUGGCGUUUGGAAAAAAGGUGUUUCAUUUUUCUACUCGGAACAAAAACAAAACAACAAAAAAAAGAAAUCGUUGCCUUUGUCUUGUGCAGGAAGUCUUACACUCACUUAAGCCCUUUCAGUAACUAUUUUUUAAUAUAAAAUGCUUAACUGUUGCAAUAUUUGUCAAUUGAAAGUCUAGAAUUUUUUUAUUUCUUUUCUCUAUCAAACCUUCUGUUUACUAAUUAACUGCCAUGUCCAAAAUGUGAUUUUAGUUUAUUUUUAUUUUUAUUGUUUUGCUUCAAACUGGACUUCCAACGUCUGCGAUAUUUUGUAUGCCUUUUUAUUUGAUGUUCGUAACUUAAGACUUGGAUACUUGAUGAUUUUAUGUAUUUGAAAAUGUGUACUAUUAUUAUUAUUAUUAUUAUUAUUAUUAUUAUUAGGUUGGCUAUUUAUACUAUCAAUGGAUGUGUGAUUUAGUACCGUGAGCGACAAAGUUGUACCUGUUCACCAACUUGUGAGAGUACAUUAAAUGAUACACUGAAAAACAAAGGGAGUUAAUGGGUGCUUAUUUGUCAAUGGUUAUGAAUUAUUAUUGUGGCUGUUGGUGCCUGAAUAAAAGUUAAUUCUUGACUGUGGAAAUAUUAUUUGGACAAAAAAAAUUAUCUAAAUUCAAGGUCAUUUUACCUGCUUUUUCCAUUUCAAAUUCAAAUCACAUUUAUUUGUCACAUACACAACCAUUAAUAGUAUAACAUGUAGUACAUUUUGUUAGUUUCGAGCUCUAUAAAGCAGCUAACAAAUGGGUGGGAAAAUGAUUUAACAAAAGAAACAAUAACACAAAGUAUCCGUGUUAUUGGUUGACUGAGUUUACAAAUCAAUAGGUGACAAAAAUCAACAUGCUUUGUGUUUAUUUUUAAAAGAUGAUGGAUUGCAAAUUGGUCAAGAACUCAAAUAAACAGGAUUUUAAGUAAACACAAUUUUGGACAAAUUAAUGUCAACAGAUGAACUUUUCUAUUUCUGUCAAAGUCACCCUUUUGAAAAAAAAUUCAACUUGAUACUAUGAUUCACUGCGUUGCAUUGUUUCCACCUCUGCUACGUCAGGUCCUCUCUGUAUGUGGUGU